AUGCCGAUUACCCCCAGACAAAUCACUCAAGGAAUACUCAAAGGGACCAAUGCGCUAGGGUUGGAAAACGCUGGAAACCAAAUGCUGGGAAUCCUCUACUUUGGAGUCACCUUCGACGACAAAGCAGAUGCCGAUCGAGUAUUGCCAGAUCACGACGUCUUUUUUCAGGAGAAGAAAUUGGCUGACAGUCGUGGUCUUCUCCAUCCCUACCUGUUCAUCACGCCUGCCUUUCCGUGCCCAUUUAACCCUUCCUGUUGUUAUCUCAAUAAUUGCUAA